AUGAUCAUCAAUCAUUAAAAAAACAAUUAUAAUGUAGGAAAUCCUUCAACCUUGUUAGAUAUGAAAAAAUAUUUAUAAAAAUAAAUACCAAAUUUAUAAAAAAGAGAAUUAAUCAUUAUGGUAACAAUGGAGAACAAUUAAGUUUUGCUUGAGGAAAAAAAUUAUGAAAAAAUAGUUCAAUAAUUUAAAAGUAAUAAAGAUACUAAAUUGAAAUGUUUUAUUCUUUAACAUUAUUUAGAGAAUUUGAAAUUUCUAAGUGAUCAAAAAUAGGCUCAGAUUGAAUCUUUUUUAAUAAAAUAGAAUGAAAACUUAAAAAAUAAAUAAGAUAGUUGUUAGACCAUCUAAAUUCAAGAAAAGAAAGAUUCUUAUCAAUAGACAAAUAAAUUAAGUCAUAUUGAAUAAUAAUAGUAAUUGAUUUAAUAAAUUAAGCUCUACUCUAGGAACAUAUAAACCAUGUGAUGAAUCAAUUAAUUAAGAAACUAUUAAAUUAAAUAAUGAAUCAACUAAUCAAACAAUAUUUAAAUCACAAACAUUUAAAACAUCUGAUGAAUCAUUUAAUCAAUAAUCUAUUACAUUAAAUAAUGAAUUAACUAAUGAAACAAUAUUUCAACCAUAAGAUGUAUAAGCUAAUUUAGAAUAAAAUGAAAAAUAAAAGAAUUAGAUAUCUUAAAUUAUAAUCAAAUCUUUAAUUGAUGAUAAUGAAAAUUAACAUAAUAAUAAUUAGAGAUCUCAAAUGGAAAUAUAAUCUUAUAUUGAUGAUAAUGAAAAUUAAAGAAAUGAGAUUUAAUAUAGAGAAUCAUUAAUGUAGACAUUUUCUCUAAAUUGCAUUAAUUGUAAUAAAGGAAUUUAAGAAAAGUAAUUCAUUUUGAGUUGUGAUCAUGUAUAUCAUGAAAAUUGUUUAAAAGAAUUAUUUAAAAAUUAGAUCCAAUAAUUAAAUUCAAUAUUGUAUUGUGAAAAGAAUUGUUUAAUAAGAAAUCCUUAUAGAAUUCUAAAUAGUUUAGAUUUAAAAAUAUACUUUUUUUAAUUAUUAAAUAACUAACUUAAUUCUAUAAAAAAUAUAAAUAAGGGUAUUAGAAAUUGUCCAAAUAAAGGUUGCUCUUUUUUUGUGAUAAUUAAACAUAAUUAAAUUUGUGAAUCAUUUUGCCCUUUAUGCUUAAUGCAUGUAAUUCUAGUAUGA